AUGGAUAGGAUAAAUGAAACAGCUGUAAGUGAAUUUGUUUUUCUUGGCUUCUCAGCCCUCGCUGGAUUUCAGAAGCUGUUGUUUGUGUUGUUCCUCCUCUACUUGUUCACACUGGGCACCAAUGCUGUGAUCCUGUCCACCAUCCUGGUGGAGCGAGCCCUUCAUACUCCCAUGUAUUUCUUCCUUGGAAUACUGUCUUGUUUUGAGACCUGCUACACCUUUGUCAUUGUGCCCAAAAUGCUGGUAGAUCUUCUGUCCCAGAAGAAGACCAUUUCCUUUUUGGGCUGUGUUGUCCAGAUGCUCACCUUCCUCUUUCUUGGCUGUUCUCACUCCUUCCUUCUGGCAGCCAUGGGCUAUGACCGCUAUGUGGCCAUCUGCAACCCCCUCCGCUAUACAGUGUUGAUGAGUCCUGGGACAUGUCUGGGACUAGUGGCUUCAGCCUGUGCCUGUGGAUUCACUGUUGCUUUGAUCAUCACCACUCUUGUGUUUCACUUGCCCUUCCACUCCUCCAACCAGCUCCAUCACUUCUUCUGUGACAUCUCCCCUGUUCUUAAGCUGGCCUCCCACCAUACCAGUCUCAGUCAGAUGAUUAUCUUCAUGCUUAGUGUCUUGGUCCUAGUCAUUCCUCUGCUGUUAAUCCUGGUCUCCUAUAUCCAUAUCAUCUUUGCCAUCCUAAAGAUUCCCUCCACUGUGGGCAGGUACAAAGCCUUCUCCACCUGUGCCUCUCAUCUUAUUGUUGUCACUGUUCACUAUGGCUGUGCCUCCUUUAUCUAUUUGAGGCCCAAGACUAACUAUACCUCGAGCCAAGAUGCUCUGAUAUCUGUGUCCUAUACCAUUCUAACCCCAUUAUUCAAUCCCAUGAUUUACAGCUUGAGAAACAAGGAGUUCAAAGCAGCUCUUUGGUGAGCAAUUGGCUAAAACUUUUGUCUUAAAGUUGCAGGG